AUGUCCGGACCUACAUCUACAACACCUACUAGUGGUGCCCAAAAGCUCUCUAUGUUUGCUGCCAAAUCUGGAUUUGUCAUCCCCAAAAACAAGUUAUUAGGAUCCUUACUUCCCAUUUCACGAGGGGCUAAAAAAGAUGGCCUCACUGGACUCAUCAAUGAAGAAUCUUCAAAACAAAUUGAGAGGAAAUCAAGAUGGGGGCCUGAUCCCACGCAGGAUGCAUCUGUCAGGAGGGCAAAGGUUUUGGCGUUGCAGAUUCGAGUGGAUCAAAUUUCAAAGCAGUUGGAAUCAGAUAAUCUAGAGAUUGGAGCCACUCAGAACUCAGCAUUGGUGGAUGAGAACCCAGAUGAAAACAAGUCUGGUUCUCAAGUUAAUAGCAAGAAGUCAGAAAUGCUUGAACUCGAAAAGCGGGAAACAAUAGGUGAAAUACUAAAAUUAGAUCCCAGUUACAAGCCUCCGCCUGGUUUUAAACCACUGUUAAAAGAGCACAGUAUUCCUUUGCCUGUCCAAGAAUAUCCUGGGUACAAAUUCAUUGGUCUAAUAUAUGGGCCUGGAGGUGAUAAUCAAAAGCGACUAGAGAAGGAAACUGGUGCCAAGAUAAAAAUUCGUGGAACCAAAGCAGACACAGGAGAGAAGGUGAAAUUAAACCAGGUACUGAUGUCCACAAUUUCCAUCGUUGAACUACUAAUUUCCUCUGUAACUGGGAGUUCAGCUGCUGGUUCCACACCUUCUGUAUCUGUCUUUGGGGACAGCACUAAUGGUCUGAAUCAAAACCAAGACCCCCCAUCUCAUGCAAUUUCUCUAUCUCUGUCAAACCGGGCUGUGUUUCAACCAGCAGCCACUACACAAAUGCAAGGAGAUCACUUUCAAUACUCUGGUUCAUGGUUUUCAGCUGCUCCAUCUCACACCCCUUCAUUUGCUUCUUCUGGCAGUGUAGUCCCUCCAAAUCCACCACACGUUGCUAGAACUCCUCAUUUUCCAUCACAGACAAUGAGCCCUUCAAAUAUGAUUUCAGCUUUUGGUGCUCAACCUACAUCUAUUACUGGAUUCCACCAGAUUAUUCCAAAUCAGCAGUUUUCUAUGCAUGCACCACCACCAACACAAUUCCUACAACAUUCACAAUGGACUCAAACAACUCCUUUUGGUCACGUUGGGCCACCAAGAAAUCCUUCUGUAAUACCUGCACAGAAUUUGUCAGCAGCAACAAGUGCUUCACUUUCUUUUCCAGUUUCCUUAAGGCAACCAACAUCAACAGGACACCUCCAGACAUCAGUGUCUUCAAUGCCUCAACCUAUGUCUGGUAUAUCACCGUCACCAAUAGCUAACCAGCCAUCAACCUCUCAAGGUGUAUCUUCUGGACUGAGUGGAGGACCCGUCAAUAUGGGGCCAAUGGCUCCACCUGCUGUUCCCCCUGCAAGACCUGUUUCUCUAGGUCCACAACCAGAUAUUGAAUAUAAGCCACCCCAGCCAAAUGUGUCGAUGAUGCCACAACCUGGAAGUAUUCAUCCACACCAUGCAGGAAUGUCACCGAGACCACCAUCAUCUUUGGACCAAUUCCAGGAACUGUUAAUUCAACUGGAAACCAUUUAUCAAGACCUGUUUCAUUUCCAUCGCCAGGAAUAUCCUCUUCAUUUCCAUUAG